ACGCCUGCACGUUUGCUAAGAGCAAUGGCUUCGAAGUACCUAUUUGCAUUCAUAUUUCAUAAGAAAAUUUUUAGCUAAGCAUUCUUGUAACAUCAUUACUGACAUCAUUACAUCUUGGCAAGUCAUAUAUUGAGUUUUACUCCAAAACCACUCUAAACCAUCUUAACAUGGUCCAAACCGAGCCGGAUGUGAGGAAUAAUAGAUCAACUGUUGUUAUCUUCGUUAAAAACAGUGGAAAUACGGAUCAAUAAAGGACGAGUAGUGGAUCGCAUUGAGGUUAACAACGUGCUAUUGUUCGAAGUGGAAUUUACUCAAGGAUUACAAAUUACAAGGUGUUAAGUGUGGAUAAAAUAAUCAAAUAAGUAUAACCCAACACUCUAAGGUAGUAUUAAGGUAUAAAAUAUUACGAUUUAUAAGGUUAGUACAAUACUUAUUACAUUCUGUUCACAUUCCUUUGUUAUGUAUGAUAGAUCGUACUUGUUUGUUUAUCGAAGAUUCCUUUCAUUUACUAUAAACCUGUUGCAUUGUGAUUAGCUUUAUGAUAUUGCAUACAUUUGCAUAAAAUAAGUUAAAAUUGUACUUAGAACAGUAUAGUUAGUACUCAUCUGUACUUCAUUAUUUUGACUUAGUUACCUAUCCUAGCUUUUCACGUAUUUUCUGUGCAUAGGUAUUAUGGUACUACCAUAAAAGUGUUGUUGUAUUAAGUAUAUCUAGAUAAACAAGAAUUUAGUUAAGGUUAGUGGUACUAAAUAGCAUAGAAUAGCAAUUAGUACAUUUUGGCAUUAUAUACAUUCCAGGUUGACCGGUCGCUUGCCUCCUAGAAUGUCGGAAUCUGAGGAUGAACCCGCUAAGAACCCUAAGGAUGUACUAAAGGAGCUGAUAAAGAGAAGGGGAAGCUAUAAAGGUCGAUUAACCAUCUUUAUUAAUUACCUAAACGAGUUGAGCGCUGAAACUUUGACUGCUACUGGUGCAAAAGAAUUGCAAUUACGGUUAAAUAAACAAGAAUCUUUAUAUGAUAGUUACGACUCAAUACAAUUACAAUUAGAAUGUUUAACCGAAGACGUCGAAGCUCAGUAUAGUGCGCGCAAUGAAUUCGAGUCACAAUAUUAUAAGGCUUUGGCUUGUGCUCAGGAUUUAUUGUGCAAAUUCAAUAAAAAUUGUGAUGACUCAUCGGAAAGUGAUGGUAAGAGCACCCGUGCAAGUACCCGUCCUCAGCUUGUCAGGUUGCCUACAAUACAAUUGCCAAAGUUUAGCGGUCGUUAUGAAAAUUGGCUAGAAUUUCGUGACACUUUCACUAGUCUCAUACACUCAAACGAAAGCAUCGAUGAAAUAAAUAAGUUUCAUUAUUUGCGAGCAUCUUUGGAGGGGUCAGCUGCCGUGGUAAUACAGUCAAUGGAAUUUUCUGCCAGCAAUUAUAAUGUGGCGUGGAAACUUUUGCGCGAAAGGUUUGAUAAUAAACGUUUAUUAGUACAAAAUCAUGUCUCAGCGUUAUUUAAUAUUGAAAAUAUAACCAAAGAAUGUUCUAUAACAUUAAAGCUUUUAAUUGACCAGUUAAAUAAAAACAUAAGGGCAUUACAAUCAUUAGGUGAACCUGUCCAUCACUGGGAUACCUUAUUAAUUUAUAUUAUAACUCAAAAGUUGGACGCGAAAACCUUUCGAGAGUGGGAAGAACAUAAAGGUUCCACACAGAAAGAUGACUCGAUUACUUUUGAUUCAUUUAUCACGUUCAUUCGUCAGCGAGCUGAUCUGAUUGAAACUUUAGAGUUAUCGCGUAAUCAGUCAAAUAAAUCAAACAAUAAAAUUAAAACUAUGGUAUCCAUACAAGGCAAUCCAAAUACAACUUCUAACACGACUGGUUCACAGUCAUCAUGUAAAGUUUGUCCUAAAUGUAAAAAUGAUCACAAUUUAAGUCAAUGCCCUCAAUUUCUUGCUUUGACUAACGAAGCUCGGCUUAAAUUGCUACCAAGCUACAAAGUUUGCUUCAACUGUUUUCGGUCAGGUCAUUUUGCAAACCAUUGCAAAAAGCCAUCUUGUAAAAUAUGUAAACGCCGUCAUAACACACUAAUUCAUUUAUCAGAACCUAGAACUAAUAAUAACGUACAAAAUCAAAAUGUUACCUCAAUUGAAACGGAGCCCUCACUGCCGCCACCUCCGCCCUUGAACACUUUGUCUGCUAAUGUCACUUCCUCGGGUGAUACAAAGCAGCAUGAUGUAAUUUUAUCCACUGCAUUAAUCAAAGUGUACAAUGAUGAUAAUCGCGAGUACAUAGUCCGCGCCGUAUUAGAUAGCGGCAGCACAUCAUGUCUCAUCACUGAGAAACUGUGUCAACAGUUGAAUUUAAAAACUCGCGAAAUUAACCGUACGAUACUGGGUAUCAAUAACGUAACUUCUCGCAUAGGUAAACUAGGUCACGUGAACAUAAAAUCACUUCGCGAAAAUUAUGCUACGGAUAUUAAUUGCUUUGUUCUGCCCUCAAUUACCGAUCGUGUUCCCGGACGUGAAAUUGAUAUCACUCAUCUAAGACUACCCUCUAACAUUUGUUUAGCUGACCCCACAUUCUACAAGCCAGCUGAUAUCGAUAUUUUGCUUGGCGCUGAUCUCUUUUGGGAUUUGUUAGGGUCCGAGAAAAUUAAGCUAGGCGAUAAAUUACCAAUACUUUAUGACACGAAAUUAGGGUGGAUUAUUUCCGGCCCCAUUUCUAGCGGCCAUUUUACACUGUUGUCGAAUGAUAUUAGGUGCAAUCUUACCACACUGUCUGACACAGAUGGCAGUAUCGGCGACAGUGGAAUCAAUUUAACUCGAUUUUGGCAACUAGAAGAAGUCAAUUCGCUGUCAAAUCACUACUCGCCUGCUGAAAAAUUAUGCGAGGAACAUUUUGUUAAAAAUGUAUCACGUCUUGAAGACGGACGUUUUUGUGUCCGCAUUCCGCUUAAGCAGAAUCCUGCAGUUUUGGGAAAUUCACUUGAAAAAGCUACACAAUGUUUAUUUUCAUUAGAGCGUCGACUAAAGGUUAAUCCUGAACUAAGUAAAAUGUACUAUGCUUUUAUGUCAGAAUAUCAAUCUUUAGGUCACAUGUCGGAACGUCAACUCAAUUUAAACCAUCAUGCAUAUUAUAUACCGCAUCACGGGGUUUUACGAGAAAACAGCACUACCACAAAACUAAGGGUAGUCUAUAAUGCGAGUUGUCCAACAUCUUCUGGAGUUUCCUAUAAUGAUAUUCAGAUGAUUGGCCCAACGGUGCAGGACGAUUUACUGGCUAUAUUGCUUCGUUUCAGACAGCACAAAUACAUUUUAUCCGCAGAUGUAGAAAAAAUGUACAGGCAAGUCGUCGUCCACCCGUCUGACAGGCAUUUACAGCAAAUAGUAUGGCGCAAUAAUACAAGUGAGCCCGUUAAAAUCUUUGAAUUGCACACGGUUACAUAUGGUACGACAAGCGCUCCAUUUCUGGCAACAAGAUGUCUUAAACAAAUUGGUCUUGACUGUAGCAAAGAGAAAAUCGCGGAAAUAAUUCAACAUGACUUCUACGUCGAUGAUCUGCUUACUGGGGGUGAUGAUCUCAAUCAUGUCAUUAAUAUACGCAAGGAGGUCACAAAUGAGCUGGCUUCAGCUGGAAUGCCAUUACGGAAAUGGAAGUCAAAUGAGCCUAAAUUAGUGCCUGAGACUUUCCAUACACCACUUGAUUUAAAUUUCGGAUCUCAAGAGCCAAGCAAAUUAUUAGGUUUAGGUUGGCAUGCAGAUUCUGACGAACUCUGCUUUCCGAUAGGUGAUUUUAUUUCAAAUGGCAACACCAAGCGUGCAAUACUUUCCGUAAUUGCUCAAAUUUUCGAUCCCCUAGGUUUGUUGUCACCUAUUGUGAUAACUAUGAAAAUGUUACUGCAAACGUUGUGGUUGCAGAAAAUUUCAUGGGAUGAACCGUUAUCUCCAGACAUUCACAAACUAUGGUGUGAUAUUAUCAAAAAUUUGUCACUACUAAAUGACAUUCGAAUACCUCGCAGAGUUAUCUGUGAACAUCAUAAAGCGUUACAAUUACACAUCUUUUCAGACGCUUCUGAGCGUGCGUAUGGUGCGUGCGCAUAUGUUCGUAGCGUUAGCAAUGAUGGAGAGGUCUCGGUAAGUGUGUUAAUGGGUAAGAGUCGAGUGGCACCAAUCAAACCUACCACUAUUCCAAGAUUGGAGUUGUGUGGUGUUCUUGUUGCGACUCGUCUCUAUGAGAAGAUCGUUAGUUCACUUCGAGUUCAAUUCAAUGAAGUCUAUCUUUGGACCGACUCAACCAUUGUGUUGGGAUGGCUACAGAUGUUGCCUUCAAAACUUCAGCCCUUUGUACGAAACCGUGUAGCUGAAAUUUUAGACAAGGCAGGUAGUUGCACCUGGCACCAUGUUCCUACAAAUCAGAAUCCAGCAGAUCUGAUAUCCCGAGGUAUGGAUAUUAGCGUUCUGCAAAACUCUGAUUUAUGGUGGAGCGGUCCCAAUUUUUUGAGGCAGGAACCAAUUCAAACACCUUCUCAACCUAAACACACUGAAAGGUUACCUGAGACUAAACCCGAUCUUUCAUUGCACGCAGUUGUUAAUGAUACGACCAUUAACAAUGAGUUCAUUACCUUUAAUCGUUUCUCUAAUUAUUCGCGUCUUGUUCGUUCCGUAGCUUACGUUCUACGAUUUGUAAAGCGUUGUAAAAAACAACCUUUAACAAGUGAUUUCUUAAGUCAAGACGAAUUGCAGGAAGCGUUAAAUUUGAUAAUUACGAAGUGUCAAGACGAGUCCUUUUCUGAGUAUAAAGUACUUUUACGUAAAGAAACUUUGCCGAAAAAGAGUCCAUUGGUCAAAUUUAAUGUUUAUUUGGACGAAAACAAAAUAAUGCGCGUAGGCGGUCGUCUUGACAAUUCUGAAUUUAAUUACAAUAAAAAACACCCUAUAAUCAUACAGUCCACUCAUGUUUUCACUAAAUUGCUGUUUGAAUCGGAGCACAAAAAGAUGAUGCAUGCUGGCCCACAACUUUUGUUGGCAUCUAUCAGAGAAUUUUACUGGCCCAUAGGAGGACGGAACCUUGCGAAGUCCUGCUACCACAAGUGUGUCCGUUGCACUCGCAUGAAAGGGAAGAUAGUAAAUCCUGUUAUGGGUAACUUACCACGGCAGCGUCUCCUUUCAGGCGGCGCUGUUUUUGAAAACGUAGGGGUUGAUUACGCCGGUCCUAUUUUGAGUGCUAGUCGUCAGGGCCGUGGAUGUAGGCUGGUCAAGGUGUACAUCGCGAUCUUUAUAUGUUUUUCCACUAAGGCCAUUCAUUUGGAAUUGGUAAGUGACCUGACCAGUAACCACUAUUUAAUGGCAUUGCGUCGUUUCAUUGCGCGUAGGGGAAAACCCCUAAAUAUUUACUCCGACAACGGCACCUCAUUUGUCGGUGCCUAUAACGAUCUUUCAAAAUUUUUAAAGGCUAAUUGCAAUUCUUUAAGCGAAAGUGCAGCUAAUGAAAGUAUUCGGUUCCACUUUAUACCGGCAUAUUCUCCUCAUUUCGGGGGUCUCUGGGAGGCAGGCGUCAAGUCGACCAAGUAUCAUUUAAGAAGAGUGUUGGGAAAUUGUGCCUUAACAUAUGAAGAGCUAAACACCACACUAACACAAAUUGAGGCGAUACUGAAUUCGCGGCCGCUUACUCCGCUGUCGUCUGAUCCUGCUGAUUGCACCCCACUGACGCCGGGGCAUUUUAUUAUUGGGCGUCCUAUGACAUGCUUACCGCAACCAGACCAUCUCGAUCGUUCUACUACCUCUUUAUCUCGUUUCCAACGCAUAGAACAGCUGCGCCAACAUUUUUGGUCAAGAUGGAGCAAGGAGUACGUUGCUGAGUUGCAACAAAGAGUCAAAUGGCGCUCCUGCAAGGAUGGACUGGAGCUGAACAGCCUUGUCGUGGUGAAAGAGGACAACCUGCCGCCGCUGAAAUGGAGACUUGGCAGAAUAGUCGCCGUGCACCCUGGUCCAGAUGGCAUCGUUCGUGUCGCCGACAUUCGCACUUCUACUGGAGUCAUCCGCAGGGCCUUUAGCAAAAUUUGCCCUCUGCCUGUACCUUCAGCUUCUGUUUGAAAACAUAGAUGUUUCCAACGCCGGGGGGCAUGUUUAUAACGCCUGCACGUUUGCUAAGAGCAAUGGCUUCGAAGUACCUAUUUGCAUUCAUAUUUCAUAAGAAAAUUUUUAGCUAAGCAUUCUUGUAACAUCAUUACUGACAUCAUUACAUCUUGGCAAGUCA